CAGACCCUCCCCGCCCCGCCCCGCCGGGAUGGACGCGAUGCUCCUGGACCACUUCCCCGGCGGGCUGGACGCCUUCCCGUCGCCCUACUUCGACGACGACGACUUCUUCACCGACCAAUCGUCCUCCCGGGACCCGCUGGAGGACGGCGACGAGCUGCUCCUGCUGCCGGGGGCCGAGGCGGCCCUGCUGUACCACCGCGGGCCCCACGACGGCAAGCGCCUCCCGUCCAACCCCGCGCCCGGCGGCCCCGACGGCGCGGCCUGCGGAGCGACCCCCUGCCUCGGCGGGGGCGCCUUCCCCCGCCCCCCCGGGGCCUCUCCGCCGCGGCCGCCGCCCCCACCACCCACCUCGGGCCCCGGGGGUCCGUCCCCCGGCGGCGGGCCCGGGGCCCCGGGGGCUCCGCGGCGGCGGCGGCGGGGCCGGUCCGAGGCGGAGCUGCAGCAGCUGCGGCAGGCGGCCAACGUGCGGGAGCGGCGGCGCAUGCAGUCCAUCAACGACGCCUUCGAGGGGCUGCGCUCGCACAUCCCCACGCUGCCCUACGAGAAGCGGCUGUCCAAGGUGGACACGCUGCGCCUCGCCAUCGGCUACAUCAACUUCCUCAGCGAGCUGGUCCGCGCCGACCUGCCCCUGCGCGGCAAGGGGGGCGCGACGGGGGCCGGGGCCGCCGGGGGCCCGGGCGCCGACGGCGCCGGGGGACAGGCCCGGAAGGUCAUCAUCUGCCACCGGGCCACCCGCUCCGCUUCUCCCAGCGACCCCGACUACGGGCUCCCGCCCCUGGCCGGUCACUCCCUUUCCUGGACGGACGAAAAGCAACUCAAGGAACAAAACAUCAUCCGCACGGCCAAAGUGUGGACUCCCGAGGACCCCAGGAAAGUCAACUGCAAACCCCCCUCGCUCAACAACAUCGAGAACGAGCCGCCCCUGCCCUGCGCGACUUGAGAACGGUGGGGCGGGGCCGGACCCCUCGGUCCUCGGCUUGCGGGUGUGGGGCCAGUGUGAGUUGCGGAUGUGUGUGUGUGUGUGUGUGUGUGUGAGAG